UGCCUAUUGAGCAGGUGUCGAAAGCCGCCUGGACCGUGGGGCCUGCCGCUGCUGGGCUAUUUACCGUUUCUGGACAGGCGGGCACCGCACAAGUCGCUGCAGGCGCUGGCCAAACGCUAUGGCAGCAUCUAUCAGCUGAGCAUGGGCUCGGUGCGUACGGUGGUGCUUUCGGAUGCUGUGCUGGUGCGCGAUUUCCUGCGCCACGAGGAGCUGACGGCGCGUGCACCGCUUUAUUUGACGCACGGCAUCAUGGGUGGCUAUGGCAUCAUUGGCGCUGGCGGGGACAUCUGGAAAUACCAGCGUCGCCAGCUUAUCGAGUGGCUUAAGGCGCUGGGCAUGACGCGCAAACAGUGCGAGACGCGUGCACAGCUGGAGCAGCGAAUCGGUCGCGGCGUCGACGAGUGCGUCCAGUCGUACGAGACGGAAGCGCAGGAAGCCCAUGUGCUGGACCCGCGACCCGCGCUACAGCACACGCUGGGCAACAUCAUCAACGAUCUGGUCUUUGGUGAGACCUACGAGCGCCAAGAUCCCAACUGGCUAUAUUUGCAGCAGCUGCAGGAGGAGGGCGUCAAGCUGAUUGGUGUAUCGGGCAUGGUCAACUUUUUGCCCUGGCUGCGCCAUUUGCCGGGCAACAAGCGCAGUAUUCGUUUUCUGCUGGACGGCAAGGCCAAGACCCAUCAGCUUUACGAUCGCAUUGUCGAGCGCUGUGAGAAGCAGCUGGAGCUGCAGCUAGAGCAGCAGCAGCAAAAGCAGCAGCGGCCGCUGCCGCCGCACAGCAUCCUGGAGCAUUUUCUGGGCGAACGCCAGCCCUUCUCGCAGCUCUAUUGCGAUGAGCAGCUGCGUCAUCUGCUGGCCGAUCUCUUCGGCGCCGGUGUCGACACAGCGCUGGCCACGCUGCGCUGGUUCCUGCUCUAUAUGGCGCGCGAGCAGCGAUGCCAGAAGCGUCUACAGGCUGAACUGCUGCAGCUCAGCGAAACGCCCACGCUGGCCGAGCUCGAACCGAUCGCGUACCUGCGCGCGUGUCUGUCCGAGGUGCAGCGCAUCAGGUCUGUGGUGCCGCUGGGCAUACCGCACGGCGUCGAUGAGACCACAGUUGUAGGCGACUAUCGCUUGGAGAAGGGCAGCAUGAUACUCAUACUGCAGUGGGCCAUACACAUGAAUCCGGAGGUCUGGCCGGCGCCCGAGAAGUUCCGUCCGGAGCGCUUUCUCAAUGCCAGCGGCGAGUACGCGGCGCCGGCACAGUUCAUACCCUUCCAGACGGGCAAGCGCAUGUGUCCCGGCGAUGAGCUGGCUCGCAUGAUGCUCACCCUCUUCACCGGGCGCAUUCUGCGUCGCUUUCACGUCCAGCUGCCCAUCGGCGAGGAGGGCAACGUGGACAUGGCCGGUGAAUGCGGCAUCACCUUGGCGCCGGCGCACUAUAAGCUGCGCUUCAGCAAAUUGGAGCAGCUGCAGAAAAACGAUUAG